AAGUUCAACACCGGUCGGUGGCACUCUCUUGUUUGCGCACAUGCUGAACGACAGAAGUCCAGCACCACCACAGCGUGGUAUCUCGAUGAAGACCGACACAGCAAUGGCCGUAUCUCAAAAGCCUCUCCCGAAGGCCCCCAGUGAGGAUAAGAAGGACAAGAAGGGCAAACCCGGAAAGGGCAGCCGCAAGAAACAAGACGGAAAGCGGCCAAUCAUUUCGUCACCUCAAAAUUUCGAGCACACGGUACGAGUUCGGUUUGACUCCGUCACAGGAGAGUUUACGGGAAUGCCUGAGGCGUGGGCGAGGCUGUUGCAGCACUCUGGGAUUACAUUAGCUGAGACAAAGAGAAAUCCGGAGGCCAUCAUUGAAGUUCUUGAAUUCUACGACAGAAAGCCAGAAGAAAAAUUCAUGACAAUUACAAAGAAACCACCUCCAGAAAAGCCAUCCAUUAUGGACCCAUCGAUAUUCGAGAAAUCUAAUGAUCAUUUAGAACCUACAAGCCCGACACUCGAUCGAUUGCAUCAUGAAAAAGUUGAGGAAGAGAAAUGUCCGCCGAUUGCUCCAAGGCCUGAGAUAACGAAGAUGAAACCAACGGACAACAGCAAACCAAAGUCACCAGGACAUGAUCAACCCACCGCUCAAAUGAGAGGGAAGAAGAAACCGGCCGUAUCAGACGAACAGAUCCUUAUCCGACUAAAGCAGGUUGUUAGCAUCGGUGACCCAAAGAAACGAUACACAAAGUUUGAGAAGAUUGGACAAGGGGCUGCGGGCACUGUGUAUUCUGCUACUGAAAUUUCAACAGGCAAUGAGGUCGCUAUCAAGCAGAUGAAUCUCCAACAGCAGCCUAAGAAGGAACUAAUUAUCAAUGAGAUCCUUGUGAUGAGGGACAACAGGAACAAGAACAUUGUUAACUACUUGGAUAGUUUUCUUGUCGCCGAUGAGUUAUGGGUUGUGAUGGAAUACCUCGCUGGCGGCUCAUUAACCGAUGUCGUCACGGAGACCGUAAUGAGUGAAGCACAAAUAGCAGCCGUUUGUAGAGAGUGCCUCGAAGCUCUACAGUUUCUUCACAACAGUGCGGUCAUUCAUCGUGACAUUAAAAGUGACAAUGUUCUGCUCGGCAUGGACGGACGAGUGAAACUAACUGACUUUGGAUUCUGUGCUCAAAUCACACCCGAGCAUCCGAAACGUGCAACGAUGGUAGGCACACCAUAUUGGAUGGCUCCAGAAGUGAUUACUCGUAAAGCAUACGGCCCGAAGGUCGAUAUCUGGAGCUUGGGGAUAAUGGCAAUUGAAAUGAUUGAAGGGGAGCCUCCGUACUUGAAUGAGCAACCGCUGAGGGCGCUUUAUCUUAUUGCAACGAAUGGGACACCGAAGAUCCAGCAUCCGGAGCAGUUGUCUGAUGAGUUUAGGCAGUUCUUGAGGUGUUGUUUAGACAUCAACGUGGAGAAGAGAUACGAUGCAGAGCAGCUGCUGAGACAUCCAUUUCUGAAGAGAGCAGCUCCUCUGUCAACUCUAACACCUCUUAUAUUAGCUGCACGAAGGCAACAGAACAAGAGCCACUGACUUUUAGAUAAGUUCUAAUUAAGUGCGUGUGCAGAGGCUAUAUAGUCGAGUAGUUUUAUAGCUCAAGGGUAGACACUCCAUCCAGUAUUACUGUACUAGAUUACCAUGCCCUCCUUUUAAGUUAAGAUUUUUACAAACUCUGAGAAACCAUCUUGUCAUGUUUGGUAGGUGACUGUAUAGUAGUGAGCGUGUCUAGUGGUUUGGGCAUGAUGAUGUGGCUCCAACAUUGAUCUUGAUGGGACUGACA